AUGUUCAUUCAUGACGCCCAAGCAUCUGUCAUGCGAUCCAUAAAUUCACUUAUCUCUCACAUGGAGCUGGAUCUCCCUAUGCCCUUCUCACGCAAAAUUUGGGAUGCGAAGACCGCCGCUCAAUGGAGGUCCGUAUAUCUCCAAGAGGUUCCAAAAAAGACAUCUCCCAUACCAUCGUUGGCCACCAGCUUGCAAAAUAUCUCCAGUCUCAGCCGUUUCCCUCGUCAUGGUGAUUUUCGAUUAGCCGCACUAGCAAUUGUCCACGGCAUGUCAACGAUGGUAUCUGACUGCAACCAACCACGUCACGGACUAUCCGGCCAGUGGAGCGCGCUGGUCCUGAAUUUAUGGCAGCAAGAACUACUGCAGGUUCUGGAGCAAUUUGAAAUUGUUGCAGUUGAGCCCCUACAGCGCCUGACCCCGGCCAUUCCGCUUAUCUACCAAACCGUCUCACUUUCGUUAUACCUGCCACUGGGUAUCCUUGAGACCUUUUCGGGGAAAGAUGGUGAAAAACGGUCAUCUGAAAUCUACCAGUUAUUUAUUCGACGAAUCAGUGCGUCCAAUCUGCGACAGGCAAGCUGGCAUGCUGGUCAGGUUCUGCGCAUCGCAAGAUCUAUGCCUUCUGGGUCACUUACUGGGUUUUGUGCUACCUGCGUCUAUUUUUCUGCGCUUGCAUUGUGGUCGCUGAGCACCAUAAUCUCGUCGAGCGAUCUGACUUUAGAUGCCGGAAACGAUGAUGAUGAAACCGUGUUUCUCUUGGAUGGCGAAAGUGACAGCGCUGCACUGCGUCGAUUCACACUCUUUGGGCAGGGAACCCCGGCCAUAUCAUCUUUUAAUCAACAUAUACCCUUGAACGAUCGAGCGGGGGUCAUGCGCUUCUUUCAACAAUUGCUACGCUUGAAGUAUCAUGGAGGCAACUCUGAUCAGCAAACGAGGGCUUUGAAUAAUGCGUUCUCCGUGCUGGGAAAUACUUACUCCUCUACUAUUCGAGGGCAACGGAAGAGGAAGAAUUCGGAAAAUUGA